UGAAGCAAGUUAGCAACUUUCCAUAUCUCUCUCUCCUCUCUUCCCCUUCUCUCUCUAAAAACUCACAUCUCUAAAAACUUUCUCUCUCCUCCAAAAAUGGAGUCCUCAAGUGAUGAAGAAAAGAAGAUUAAUGGACACCAUCAACAACAACAAGGAGGAGGAGAAGAAGAAGAAGGAAACACUCCUAAUAAGAAGAAAAAGGGUGGUUUUAUUACCAUGCCAUUCAUCAUAGCAAAUGAGUCAUUUGAGAAGGUAGCAAGUUAUGGAUUAACAGCAAAUAUGAUAAUAUAUUUGAUGAAAGAUUACAAGAUGAGUUUAGCAAAAGGGCAAAAUGUGUUGUUUCUUUGGUCAGCUGCUUCUAAUUUCUUGCCUCUUGUUGGAGCUUUUGUUGCUGACUCUUAUCUUGGUCGUUACCUUACUAUUGGUAUUGGCUCCAUCAUCAGUCUCCUGGGAAUAACUCUUCUAUGGCUAACAACAAUAAUACCACACACAAAACCCCCACCAUGCAACCCUUUAUCCACCCCCAACAACUGCAAAUCCCCAACAUCAGGCCAAUACGCGUUCUUAUGGUUCGCCUUACUACUAAUGUCAAUAGGUGCCGGUGGUGUACGGCCGUGUUCUCAAGCAUUUGGUGCCGAUCAAGUCGACCAAAGAGAAAACCCGAAAAACAGAAGAGUUUUAGAAACCUUCUUUAACUGGUAUUACGCUUGUGCUUGCCUUUCCGUUGUGAUUGCUUUAACAGUGAUUGUUUACAUUCAAGAUCAUCUGGGUUGGAGGAUCGGAUUUGGAAUCCCAGUAAUUCUCAUGUUCUUGUCUGGUUUAGCCUUCUUCCUCGCUUCUCCAUUUUAUGUGAUAAAUAAGGUUAAGAAGAGUUUGUUUACCAGUCUUGCACAAGUUGCUGUUGCUGCUUUCAGAAACAGGAAAAUGGCAUUGCCACCUCAAGGAUCAAGUGUGCAGUAUUAUAUGAACAAGGAUUCUACCAUUACUGUCCCUAGUGACAGAUUAAGGUGCUUGAACAAGGCAUGUAUCAUUCAAGAUCCCAACCAAGACAUAGGUCCAGAUGGGUUAACAAAAAAUCCCUGGAAACUCUGCACCGUUGAAGAAGUUGAAGAGCUAAAAUCACUCAUAAGAGUCCUCCCAAUUUGGUCAACCGGUGUGAUAAUGUCCUUACACACAAACCUCGGUUCAUUCGGUCUACUCCAGGCCCGAACCAUGGACCGUCACCUUGGCCCGAACUUCGAAUUACCAGCAGCUUCCUUCGGCACAUUCAUGAUCAUCGUGAUCAUACUAUGGAUCCCAAUCUAUGACCGUGUACUCCUCCCAAUCGCAUCGAAAAUCCGUGGCAAACCAGCUCACCUAGGUGUAAAACUCAGAAUGGGAAUCGGUCUCUUUUGUGCUUUCAUGGCAAUGCUUGUUUCUGGAAUUGUAGAACACAUUCGAAGAAGACGAGCCAUUAACGAAGGUUUCAUCAACAAUGGUGAAGGAGUCAUCAACAUGUCUGCAUUCUGGCUUAUACUAUCACAUGUUUUCAGUGGUUUAUCUGAAGUUUUCAAUGGGAUUGGACAAACAGAGUUUUACUACUCUGAAAUGCCGAAAAGCAUGUCGAGUUUGGCGACGUCGUUGUUCGGGGUUGGGAUGGCGGUUGCAAGCUUGUUAGGGAGUGUGAUACUGAACUUGGUGGAUGACAUUACAAAGAAAAGAGGGAAAGAUAGUUGGGUUUCGAGUAAUGUUAAUAAGGGUCAUUAUGAUUAUUAUUAUUGGUUAAUUGCAGUGAUUUGUUUCUUAAAUAUACUGUAUUUUGUGUUCUGUAGCUGGGUUUAUGGGCCUGUUGAAGAAAGGAAGAAGAAGGUUGUUGAUGAAGAAGAAUUGGCUAUGUUAAGGAGUACAAGUCAGCAUCAAAAAGCAGUUGUAAAAGAGGACUUUAUUGGUGUAUCGAAAUUAAAUUAGUUGUGUGAAGGUUUGAUGUAAAUUUGGUAAGAUUAUAUAUGAAAUGGAGGAUGGGAUUUGUUGUAUUUAGUAUAAGUAAGUAUGAUUUAGAAUAUAGGUGAUUGUUGUGCUUGAUCAAUGACCAAGUACUUUUGUUCUUAGAAAUGUGUUUUUUUUUUUUUGAGAUUUUUUUGUGGUUGUGAUGGAAUUUGAAGUUAUGUAUAUGUAAGUAAUUGAGGUAUUACUAUUUCUCUCUUUUAA